GCGAGCUCCAACAGUUUUGCCCAACGCAUCUACAUCCUUCGAUUUAUCGGUCGGCACUAUGCUGCCGUCGGCAAGGCCACUCGUUACCGCCACCGCCGUCCUCUCCUUCUGCUUCUGCUUCGGCAGCGUGCUGCUGGCGGAGGGCAUGGUGCAUAACCAUACAUGGGACAUCUCCUACCAGUACAAGUCCCCCGACUGCUUCGAGAAGCUCGCCGUAACCGUCAACGGAGAGGCCCCUGGCCCGACCAUCCACGCCACGCAGGGCGACACCAUCGUCGUCACCGUGAAUAACAAGCUCGAGACCGAGAACACGGCCAUCCACUGGCAUGGCAUCCGCCAGAUUGACACGCCCUGGGCUGACGGAGUCGGUGGCGUGACGCAGUGCCCUAUCCUGCCCGGCGAAACGUUCACCUACACAUUUGUCGUCGACAGGGCUGGCACGUAUUUGUACCAUUCUCACUACGGCAUGCAGCGCGUGGCGGGGCUCAACGGCAUGAUCGUCGUGACCGUUCCAGGCGGCGGCAGGGAGCCCUUCACGUACGACGAGGAGCAAACCGUCCUUCUCGAAGACUGGUGGCACAAGAGCGUCUACGAUCAGGCCACGGGUCUUGCUGCCAAGCCCUUGGUCUUCGUCGGUGAGCCCGAGUCUCUCCUAAUCAACGGCCGAGGAAUGUUCAACUGCUCGAAGCUGUCUACCGCCACAGGAACAUGCAACAACUCCCACCCAGACUGUGCAUUGCCUACACUAUUCACCGUCGUGCCUGGGAAAACAUAUCUCCUCCGCAUCGGCAGCCUCACGUCGCUUUCGUCGCUCAGCUUCGAGAUAGAGGGCCACUGGAUGACAGUGGUGGAGGCGGACGGCCACUACGUCCGGCCGUUUGUGGUAAGGAAUCUCUUCAUCUACUCCGGCGAGACAUACUCCGUGCUGGUCAAGGCCGACCAGGACCCGAGGAGGAACUACUGGGCCACAUCCCACAUCGUUGGCCGCAACCCCACGACUCCCAGCGGCAAGGCCAUCGUGAGCUACACCGGCAACGACCCGUGGAAGACACCACCCACUACCCCAACGACUGGCCCGCCAUGGAACAACACAGCCAUCAGGGUGGAACAGAGCAGGGCCAUUGCCGCGCACCCGGGGUACGUCGUGCCGGCGCCAGCGAGAGCCGACCGCACGCUGCUCCUGCUCAACACGCAGAACCAAAUCGAGGGCCAGACCAAGUGGACUAUAAACGGUGUGUCCCUCCACUUCCCGCCGACGCCCUACCUCGUGUCGAUGAAGCACGACCUCACCGCUGCGUACGACCAACGCCCGCCGUUGGACACGUAUGACCACAAAGGCCACGACAUCUCCGCGCCGGCGCUGACGAACGGGACUAUUGGCAGCCCGGUGUACCGGCUGGCAUUUGACUCAGUGGUGGACGUGGUGUUGCAGAACUCCAACAUGCUCAACAACAAGAGCGAGACGCAUCCGUGGCACCUCCAUGGACACGACUUCUGGGUGCUCGGCCAUGGCGACGGCAAGUUUGAUCCGGCUUCGGAUGCAUGGAAGCUUAUGAAUGUGAAGAAUCCAAUUAUGAAGAACACGGUGCCGCUGCACCCAGAUGGGUGGACGGCACUGAGGUUCCACGCAAACAACCCAGGGGUGUGGCUCUUCCACUGCCAUGUGGAGGCGCAUGUGUUCAUGGGUAUGGGUGUGGUCUUUGAGGAGGGCGUUAAGAGGGUCGGCCGGCUGCCAUCAUCCAUCAUGGGUUGCGGACUAUCCAAGGGACUCCAUUAAGUGGAAUGAACUUCCACAAUCACAUGUCUAUCUAUGAUCGAUUACUACUUUGUUUUAGGGCAUGAUU